CGCGACGUUUGACGCGUGAUUGUCUGCGCGGGAAAAGUGCAUACGAUUACGGUGUAUACGAAGUAAUUUUAUGUGAUCGUAAUUUCUAUCUGAUGUUGCAAUGGCGCGUGUAUUUGUUGCUAUAGCAUUGCUGACAGCCAGCGUGAAUACUGAGAACUCCACGCUAUCACACGAUGAAGGAUCAGACACAUGUGGUGCGGGGGGCUUCGGACCAUGGAGUCAGGCGCUGGAGGACUGGGUCACCUCUGCGCACUCUGAUAGACACGGUCGAAUUAUGGCGCUUCCAUCGUCUAAAGGAUAUUACGUGACAGAGCGCAUCGACGCACCUUACUUGUCACCUCCACCGCCUCUCCACUCAUCCCACUCACAAACGCCCUCGAGCUACGGUUACGGUUCCCCAAACCAAGGUCAAUAUUCCUCGAAUCAGGGCUACAUGUCCCCGCCCCAGGGCCACAUCCCCCUGAACCACGGUUACAUGUCCAACCAGGGGCCGAUGCCCCACAGCCAAGGUCCCAAGGCCCCCAACAAGGGGCAGACCGGCGCCGGCAAGAUCGUCAACCGGCCACCCGCGCCGCACAAGGACAAGCUCAAACCUGGAUAUCAGGUGGACCGCGUGGACGAGCCGCCGCGCAAGCACGUGUCGGAGACCGACCUGUUCCUGCUGAGCGCCAUCGAGAAGCUCGUGUACCGCGCCGACCUCAUGGAGAAGAGGUUGCGCGCCGUGGAGGACGGCCUGCAGCACCUGCUGGCUCGGCCGCCGCCCGGCCCCGACCACGGCCCGUGCCCGGCGCCGUUCGCGCGCGUGGGCGCGGCGUGCUACGCGCGCGCCGGCGCGCCGCGCGACUGGAAGCGCGCCGCGCAGGCCUGCCGCGCGCAGCGCGCCGCGCUCGUCGAGCUGCUCUCCCGCGCCCAGCGCCGCGCGCUGCUGGCGCACCUGCGCGCCGACCGCGAGCUCGAAGACGCGGACUACUGGACGGGCGGCCUCAACCCGGGCCUGCUGUGGAUCUGGGCGCACUCGGCGCGGCCGCUGACGCUCGACGACGACAACGCCGUCGGCAACCAGACCGGCGUGUCGGUGCCGGGCGCGGGGCGCUGCCUGUCGCUGGUGUGGGACGCGGCGCGGCGCUCGCACGUGUACCGCGGCCGCGACUGCGCCGACGAGCUGCGCUACGUGUGCGAGCUGCUGCCGGACGCGCCCGCCGCGCCCGCCGCCACGCGCGACGCGGGGCCCGCGCCGCCCGCUCCGCCGAGCGCACCCGCCCCGCCGCCCACUCCCCCGCCCCCGCCGACUGCGACUUCUGCGGUGCCCACGUAG